AAAAGAAAUCCAAAAAACAUCAUUAUAUCCCACACAGGAGUUGUUUAAGGAACGCCUUGAAGAAUAUGUUGAAAAAAGAUCAAAUGGAUACAUUAAUGACAUAGGAAAACACAAUUGGGAUUCUUGAUUUUAUUCUCAAUUUAUGCCAAUGUGUCUUGAAAAAAUGCGACACCGUCGAGGCUCAUUGUCAAAAGAAAUAAAAUCUGCAUUAUUUAAGGUUUUGAAGAUCCCAGAAAUUAAAUCAAACGCAGGUUCAAAAAUAGGAGAGUGGAAGAAUUCACCUUGUGUAAUUGAAGCAUAUUCAAACAUAUGGGAUUCAGAUGAUAGCAGUUUAGUUAACAUCAAUAAAAUAAUCACGAAGGCCAUGCCAAAAGAAUCAAAAAAAAGUUGUUUAGCACCUUCGUUAAUUUCUUUUACUCUUGCAGUAUGCUGUGUGGUUUUAAACCCACAUACUGACGAAAUUAAAUGUAGUGAAGAGUCAGUUAAAAAAAGAUAUGUAGUUUUCUUGUCACUUUUAAACGAUAACAAGAUUCCAGAAGAAAGCAAUAUUAUGCAUAUUCAAAAGGAAGAAUCAAAGAUGAAAGAUAAUGAAAGUAUUGAAGAUCAUGAUUCCGAAGAAGAAACUGAUGACGGAAAUCUCUUUGACUAA